CCGGUAGUCCGUCUCCUUUGUUCUCAUAAUUAGCUAGGUAGGCUAAACGUUUAAGUCGACCGGCCAAGCGGACCUCCCCUCUGGGUUUUGCUGGUUAGUAGUACCGUUAAUGGCAACAUACCUGUCGUCAGUUAGCUCUAGCUGGAACCUAACUUGAUAACGUUACAACAUACAAAAGAUAGACACGUUGGUGUGUUCUUAACAUGGUGUCUAGAAGUUGAGGAACUUGGUUUGUGUCGAGUUAUUUGAUGCUAACACGAAGGGCUAACGUUAGCUACGGUCUGACGGAAAAACUCAACUAACGUCGCUGAAGGGAUGCAGAGUGGAGUAAUAUGUUCCGGGAGACUGAAAAGUUAAACAGGUUUGUCAAGCAAUGACGUUAACGUUAAUGUUAACGUGAAGCCUCACGUGGAACUAGCCGUUGCUAACUUGCGUAUUGAGUAUAUCUGAAAGUAAUGUUGAGUUAUUGAAAGCAACCUUGGCAGCUCCAAAGGUUGCCAUAUUGUAAAAAAAAAAAGAAAAGACAUGUAGACGAGAAGCCUGACUUAUAAAUGCUGGCAUUUCAUUAAGAGAGUCACAAGUAAUAUAAGGAGGGUCACUCCUUGUUUCUGUUGAACUGCUCAGACACACCCACAGGUGUGUCUAUGGCCUGUGGACGUCAUUUUGCCUAAACCUGAAUCCUUGUGAACAAGUAUUACAACUUCACAGCUGAACUGGCAAUACGUACAUGCUUUUCCAGUAAGCUCUCAGAGCUGCCUGCCCAACUUCAUUGAGAGGAGCUGAAAACUGAGUGUCUGCUAAUUUUAAUUCACCUCCAACAAUCUCUGUGAGAAAGCAUGACAGCUGUGGUAGGCAGAGCAUGGGGGUGGGUAUUGGGCUCAUGGAACAGCAGAGCGGUGUCAGAGAAGACCACAGUGGUGAAAGCCAAGGGCCAGGAGCAUGGCUUCAGAGGAGAGGGCCUCGGGGGGUGGACUUCUUGGAUCUGGGGAGGGUGGAGAUGUCAAAGUGACCAAAGUAGUCCAGUAGAGGAGUACUGGGAGGCGCAGGAGAGGCUUCAGCCCAUGGAAAUUGAAGAUCUUGGUGCAGGGAGACAGGAGACAGAUGCAAGUUCAGAGCAAGUAUCUAGAUGGUGGAAUAAGUAUCUCCCAACUUCUUAUUUUUCGUGGCCAAGAAAAACAGCAACAGUUGGAUUAAGACGAAGGAAAUGUGAUGUUCAAAGUAGAGAUGCACGGGACUGUGAUAUUGAUGGAGACUUUUCUGACUAUGGAACACCUCCUCCUUCUCCUACACCUCCUUCCUCUCAGCUGACAUCUCCUUUUCGACUCUUUGCGCACAGCUGGAAGGUGGAAAUCCUACCAGAACACUACGAGAUUUGUUUUAACUUCCUCCGCCACUUGUUUGAUCUGUUCGUGGUUGGCUUCCUGUGGACCGUGUCCCCCCCUGCCAAGCUGAUCCUGGAGGUGUUGGGGGUCCAGGGAGCACUGAGGCUGUGGUUUCAUGGUAUGGCCAUGUUUUUUGUCUCCACAGUUGGAAUGGCUGGAUUACUCUGGUUGAUCCAGGAGUAUCUCCCUCAGUUUGCUUUGAUCUAUGGCAUCAUCCAGGCAUUGGUGAUCUCUGUCAGUGUUCGACAGAGUGUGAUCCUCAGCAUAGAAGAAGAAAAAGAAGAAAAUGAUGAGGGUGGCAAGGAGACCGAAAAAAUGGAAGACUGCAGGGAACAUAAAGAAAAGGUUAUGUCUAUAAACAACAAGGUGAAGACAAGUUAAAUAAAAGAUGGUGAGAAGUUACUGUGUGUCCAGGAGUCCACCAACAUCAGUCCAGCUGUAUCAGACCUCUUCCUGCGGGACUACACAGAGACUGUUUCACUACCCCACUGUGGUCUGCAGUGUGACUAAAGAACUGUAUUAUACAUUCAUUAUGAACUCUUAGUUUUACUCGUCACUUUAUGUGAAAACACUAUUGAUCUGCAUUUUAUAGACAUCUGUCCUCACUUGAUUUUAAUGUUAUCACCAAAAUGUUGACAUUGAUAGCAGUGCAAAGUUUAGUAUCAAAAAGCAUACUCAGUAAUAAUAGAGGCUGUGGAUGUUCAAGAAAUGCCUUUUAAGUAAAAACACAGUACAAAGUACACAGUAUUUAGGGAAUACUCUGUUGCUUUUCUUGUCCUGUGGGACUACUUUUCUCAUGAUUCGCCGUGAGACAGUUGCCUGCUUUGGGACCAGGUGAUUGCCUUUGGUGCAUUGUGGGUGAGGAGAAGUGAACAAACUUGACCCAAAACAACCAAAUACACUGCCUGGAUUAACAGAAAUCGUAGGCAUCACCACUGAGGAAAACAAAUGCAGAGUGACACAAACCACUGCAUUAACAAAAAACACAAAAACCUGUAUGUGUAAAAGUAAACAUCAGGGGCUGAAAGAAGGAAUGUUUCAGGACUGGAGAGUCUUAAGAUGAGCUUGAGUGAGUAUUAGGAAAAUACACAGAAAAACAUUUAGUGCCACAGCUUUACAGUGCACCUGGAAGUCGGGUUGAAAGGGUCAGAAAUGCUCCUAAAAGGAACCAAAUUUUCACUGACCACAAUACCACAGCAAACAGGGAAAAUGUUCCCACACACCUUUUGAGCAGCUUCUGAUGUCUGGUCUGUUCAAAGUCUGUAUUCACUCUAUUUAGGUAAACUUAAAAGUCAUUUAAUUCUUAAAUCCCUAUAAAAUCAAAUUGGAGUGCAGUUUUUUUCCAGUCUGUUCUAAAGCUUAGAUUUGGGUUUGUCUCUUGCCACCCUCUUUGUCUUUAAUGGCCCAGACACACCAAACCAACUUCAGAGAACUAGCGCCAACAAAGGCCCCCUGCUGCAUUGUGUGAUGUUGCCAUGUCUCCAUGAACGCACUGCAAAGACUUUAGCCAACAGUCAACCAGCACGUGCCAGUAUUUGAAUACCUCAAAAAAUACCCCUUUUUUCAACAAAAUGCUUUAAAGCCUUUUUUUUUUUUUUGUAACUUCUAAUGUAUUGCCUUCUCGAUCGUAUUUUGUUCCUCCUCUCCUUUCUUUCUUGCUUUGAUCAUGUCUUGCCCUACAUCAUAGUUUAUUUUUACUUAGGUCCACUUUUACAACCUGGAAAAACCAGAAGGCCCAGGAUGGCAUGGCAAAACUUAAUGUAACUCAACUUAGUAAGGUGGCAUUUAACCGUAAUUUGUUUUUCUCCCUCUUCAGUUAUGUGCUGAUGUAAAACUCUGUGGAAAACUAAGUUCCAGGAUUUUAUAGUUAUGCCUAAAAAGGGUGUGAUAAGUAACCCUUCGCUGAAAAGAGAGACACUGAUCAAAUCAUUUAUAUAUGUUAAAUAAUAAAUAAUAACUCUCACACCAGCAGACAGCAGUGGUCUGUAUUCGUCAUCUUGACAUUAGUUAGCACAUGAACAAUUCAGUGUUGAAAGAUCAAAGCAUAUUUACCUUAUGUGGCAAGUUUGUUUUGGUCUCACUCCCUCAUGACUUCAGCUCUCUGUUUACUUUCCUCACUCAUGUGUUUUUUUCUCGUGCUGAACUGAACUGCCAGUCAGUGUUUCAUUCACCAACAGACUCUGCCGUUUCCGACGGGACACACUGCACUGACUAGGGUGACAGACGCUCACUGACAGCCCAACAUUGACUGAGCGCCGACCUACAGCUUGGUGUGUCAGGGCCUUAAAGGCAAAGUCACAUUACAUGUCUCCCCAGCAAAUAUUCAUUCCAUCUUUAAUUCAACUGAAGUUUGCAAGAUGAACAAAUUUAAGCAUGCAUUUCCUGAUCUGGUGCCAUCUCUAGCUGGCAACAAUCACCUGCUGUUCAACUUUAACCGGCAAAUUUACAUGGUUGACCACAUGAAACACUGCGAAAUGGAGAUGCUGUUAUUCUAAUACUGUUAUGUACUUAGUUUUGUGCAAUAUUAGACUCCCAGAUUACAAACUCCAUUUCACUUUGUUUACAUUCUAUUAUUGUGCUGUUUAAUAUUCAUUUAUUACCCCCAUCGAACCUGUGACAUCACAUUCUAGGGUAGAGUGCAGAGAAAUUCUGUUGAACUAAAGGCUAACUUGGCUAAUUUUACUGGAGCAGUUCCACAUUUCACCUUCCACCUGUCAAUAAGCACACACAGGUUACAAAAUACUUUAUUAAAGCCAUAAGGUCUCCUUAACGCUUGACUAAGCAUUGACCUCAAAUUGAAUGUUGACAAUAAAAUGUUUUGAGAAUGAA